AUGCCUGCGAGAUGCAAUGCACUCUGCUUCUGCCCCACGGGGGCAGUGCCUCUUGCACCUCCUGGUGCUCGCCCCAUGCCAUGCAUGUGUGCAUGCCCCACUUCUGACCUAAUGUGUGCUGUGGAUAUCACACCACAUGUUAUCAUCCGCCAUCCGCACCCCUCUCACCUCCCCUCUCCUCGCCCCACCCGCAGCUACGAGGUGACAGUGGACGUGGCACCGUCAGUGAAGUGGAAGGGCGAGCGGCCGUAUGCAGCGCUGCAGGUGGAGGUGGAGGUGGAGGACGACGGGGACGAGGCGGCCAAGGCAGCAGCGGACAGGCAGAUCCGCACGCAGCUCAAGAGCAUGGGUCGCCUCAACAUCUCGCAGGACGCCGGGCUCAAGGUGCCGCGCUGCAUGCCCACCCAUGCACCCACAUGCACACGCAUGCACGCAGCUCAAGAGCAUGGGCAGCUUAACAUCUCGCAGGACUCUGGGCUCAAGAACGGGCAGAAGGGCGACCCCAUCCUCUCCGCCACUCAGAAAGGCUUCCAGCUGGACACGGAGGAGGGCGAGUACCUGUUACCGGGCAUGGUGGAGGCACUCAUCGGCAUGCAGCGCGGCCAGACGCGCGAGUUCCAACUCACCUUCCCGCCCACCUGGCAGACCGAGUCCCUCCGCAACCUCCCCGCCACCUUCACUGUGAAGUGCCAGGAGCUGUUUGUGAGGGAGCUACCGGAACUGACGGACGAGCUUGCUGAGAAGUUCCUCCCAGGAGUGGCCACCAUCGCGAGCGCUAUUGGCACAUGCCACAAGUGCACUCUCCCAUUCCUCACAUCUCAUCACUUGUGUCCCACCACCCUUUGCAUUACCCCACCCCCCUGCAUGCCCCCCUUUUGUGCGCAGCAAGGUGGCGGGGGCGUGGCAGGUGAGCAGCAGCAGAAGCGCAAGCAGGCCACCCUCAACGCCAUUGUCAACGCGCUAGGGGAGGUGUGUGAGAUGGCGGUGCCCAACUCGCUGCUGGAGGAGCAGGGCCGGCAGAUGUACGGCGCUAAGCUGAUUGAACUGCAGACGGAGGGCAAGGUGCAGAAGGAGCAAGUGGCAGCGCUGAUGGCGGAGGGCAUGGUGGAGAACUACCUGCGCGCACAGAGAGACAAGAUUCGAGCGCCAAGUGAAGCAGUCGCUGGCCGUGCAGGAGGUGUACCGGCUGGAAGGGCUGCAGUUCAGCGAGGAGGAGCUGGAAGCCGAGGUGGCGAGCGCAGAGGCGGAGUUCAAACGCUUCAACCAGGAGCAGCAGAGGUGUUGGAGGGCAAGACGGUGCUGGACUGGCUGGCAUCGCAUGCCACCAUCACAUACUCCUCCACCUCCCUGCAAACACCCCACACGCCCUUGCUUGCCCUCACUGGUAACACCUCUGCUCCCUCCCUCUCCCCCCAACCGCGGCAGGCAGCAGAGGUGUUGGAGGGCGAAGACGGUGCUGGACUGGCUGGCUGA